AAUAUAUAUGAAAAAGUCAUUGGAAAAUAUAUCUUUGGAAAAUAAAACAGACGAUGAUAUUCUACAGUCAAGAAUAAUAAUCACUAACGCAAAAAUUCUCAACAAUUUGGUUGUUGUUAAUUCUCAAUGACAAACGCAAAAAUUCAUUUUACUUAACCCUAAUGCGAGGAAAAAAUAUAGGGCGUUUAUGCCAGAACACGAUCAUGAAAACUUGUUUGGCAUAAACGCCAUGGCUUAUGGGAAAUCACAUGCAUGAUCCUUACAUCGAAAAAACAUAUUUAGAUUCGAUUAUUCGAAGUUUUUUCAUGUUAUUCUGUGAACCUAUCAUGGAUUGAUACAAGUCAGUAAGAGGUGUGAUGAUACUGAUAAAUUUCAAAUAGAACUGCUUCAAAACUGCAAUCGAUUUUUGGCGCUAUGCCAUUUCUUUACUUUGCAGAUGAACAUAUCUAGAAGAAAACAAAUUCUCUUGAUGGCGUCGAAAGAAUGGUUUUAAACUGCAAUGAGGUCUCAAAAUUGACAAUUCCAAAUGUGGUAAUGUUUCGAAUGACAAUGUAACAUCAGAUGAGAUUUGCGGUUUUUUUCAUUGCUUUUCCUUGUGGUCACAACACCAUUGAAUCCAGCACCCCAUAAAUUGAAACUUGUACGCUGUUAGUUAGGGAAGCAUCUAUUUACAAACAUCUAUGGCCUAGCUGGGGCACGAAACCAUAUGCCCCCCGGUGGGAGUCCCAAAUAUACGAACUCAGCGCUCAGCGCCUUUGAGCUUUCGACCACCGGGCCGCCAAUUCAAUAUUAUAAUAAUAUAUACAGGCUGAUUCACGGUGGAUGGCACAUUAGACGUUUCUGGUGAACCAGACAACGGAUCAUUUUGAAAAUCCAAUGGAGGGCAUAUCCGGACAUUCUCUAGCCAACUAAAAUAUUUUCGACAAUGCGGUGUUGCCGCUUCUAUUAGAAAGCAGUAGCAACUUUGAUUUUUCAAAUGGAACAAUCUGUAUUUUAUUGCAUUUUUAGAUUCUCCUUGAAGAGCUGAUUUCAUCGAUGUAUCACACUUGGGGUCUAGCGGAAAUGAUUACAGAGAUAUAGGGUGUGAAAAAUCGACAUUUUUCAACUUUAGAAUUUUUUUGUGUCGAAACUAUUCAUCAUUGGUCAAAACGGCUCACAUGUCCCUAUCUCAACUUUUGAUUAACUAUCUACUGAUAUUUAAUUGGGACAUAUACCGGGUGAUCAAGAUUCCACAUCUUUUGAUUGUGAGAGCGAGAGCCACGUUGCCACGUGGUAAAACCACCUGUCAUUGUUAGGUUUAUAAUUUAUGUCACUUAUGUCUUAUAUGUCAUUAGGUCUGUUCGUUCGUUUGUGUUUGCUGAACUUGCUAAAGUUGAUUUCGUUGUCUCUGUUCAUGGCAUGAUGUAAACAGAGAAAGUCAUAGAAAAAAAAUAGCAGGUAGGGCAAAUACACUAAACACAGACGAGAACAUGCCUAUGUCGUAUUCUACUCAAUACUCAAUGAACUCGUUCAUUGGUUUAUAUUGAGUUCAUCAAUGAACUCGUUGUUUAUAUUGAGUUCAUUGGAGUUCAUUGAUUCUACUGAAUGGGGUCGGCAGCUUAGUGAAAAAGUAUAGUUUGCCGACCGGUCGGCAGCCUAUACACUUUCAUUUUCAAAUUGCGAUCUGUUUAUUUAUAUUUUGAAUAAUUUUUGUAUUUUCAUUUGAUUGCCACAAGGCCUCUAUAAUAUAAUAUGUCUGGUGAUUCUGUCGGGUAUAUUUUAGCUCUAGAUAUAGGAACAACAAAUCUUAGAUGCCAUGUGAUAAAUUCACAAGCAAAAUCAAUGGGAUCUUCAUGCAGAAAGGUAAAACUGUACUAUCCACAACCUGGAUGGGUAGAAAUAGAUCCUGAUGAACUAUUCAGUGAUAUACUGAAUAUUGUUCAUCAAGCCAUGAAUGAUGCAAAUGUAGCUUUCACUGACAUCAAAUCUUUGGGAAUAUCCACCCAAAGAUCAACUUUUAUAACAUGGAAAAAAAACACAGGUGAGCAUCUGCACAAUUUUAUAACAUGGAAAGACCUUCGAGCAACAGAUUUGUUGAAAGAUAUAAAUAAUUCCUGGUCCACAACUAUGUUGAAGUGGGGUGCUUAUUUAAUUUAUUUACUCACCAGAAACAAGAAAUUUGGAAUGGGAAGUAAACUAAAGAUUGCAAACAAACAUGUAUCAGGAAGAUUGCUAUGGGUUCUUACUCACCUCAAAAACGUACAAGAAGCACUACAAAGUAAUAACUUGAUGUUUGGCACUGUGGAAACAUGGUUAAUUUAUAAACUCACAGAGGGAGGCACAUAUGUAACAGACAUAUCAAAUGCAAGUGCCACAGGUUUCUAUGAUCCCUUUGACUUGAACUGGGGUAUCAUUGCAAAACUUCUAAAAAUCCCUACUCACAUUUUACCAACAGUGGUUUCAAAUGAUUUUGACUUUGGGUGUGUAACAGAAAAACUGUUUGGAGUUCCAAUAAAAAUCGGAUGCACGAUGGCUGAUCAAUCAUCCUCUAUGUUUGGUUCUUGGAGUUUCAACAAAAAUGAUGUGAAAAUAACUAUAGGAACUGGAGCUUUUCUUGAUAUCAACACUUCUGAUAAAAUUCACCCCAGUCUCAAUAACAUAUACCCUUUAGUAGGAUGGAAAAUAAAUAAUGAACUUACAUACAUGUCAGAAGUAUCCUGCAAUGAUGCAGGUUGUCUUGUAGACUGGUUGCAACAAAGUGGAAUAAUAGAAAACCAAUAUGAAACCUCAGAUAUGGCAUCAAAAGUAGAGGACAGUGAUGGAGUUUACUUUAUACCAGCUUUCAGUGGUUCAGUGCCACCUUUUGAAAAUGAAAAUGUUGCUGCAGGAUUCAUUGGGAUUAAACCUACUACUAAAAGAGAACAUUUGGUGAGAGCUGUACUUGAAUCUAUUGUUUACCAGAUUAUAAUCACUCUCAAUAUACUGAAAAAGGAAAGAAAAGGGGACUAUGAUUCCAUGAAAAUUGAUGGUGGCAUGUCUAACAAUGAUUUUGUUUGCCAGCUAUUAGCAGAUUUGGCUGCUAUACCAAUUUAUAGAAUGUGCAGUAGUGACAUGUCCAUAAUGGGUGUUACCUACAUAUCAGGUUUAUCUUGUGGAAUAUGGAAGAAUAAGGAUGACUUGAAGGACUUGCUCAAGUUACAAAAACAGUUUCAACCUGUAAAAUCUCAAGAUCUACUUAAGAAAUAUGAGAAGAAUUUCAAUCAUUGGAUCCUGGCAGUUGAAAGAUUCAAAUCAUGGAAUAAAUACUCUGAAGUAUUGAGUUGAUAAAAUGUUAUAAUGUGAUCCAAAGAUGCAAAGAACUAAUGAAAAAUCUAGGUACCUAUAUUCUCCAAACUUUUCGAAAAUGUGAAAACUUGAACAUGAAUUUGAACAAUAUUUA